GAAGUUGAAUUAGAGGAGUAUUACGGCAUAAAACAAUGACCAGAAGUGAUUUUCCAAACUGCAGGGCAUGAGCAGAAGCGAGCGGUCUCACAGACAGGCGGUCUCUGAGGGCCCCGGCGGGGACAGGAUGGCAUGAAUGAUGCAUGGCUUCACCGCUACCCAAGGCGCCCUGCUAUAUAUGAGGUGGCUGAGUAACUGAACAGACACAUCCUGCGCGAAUACUCGGGGUAAACAGACUCUAACGGUCUGAGAAGUUAAAUCUCUUACAGGCACGAAUAUCUGCAGCUCUCUAAUUCACAAAAGUCAGGCUAUUAUGUUUCAGAAAACAAAAUGAAGACGCGGUUUUACGCGAGGCAAACCUGUGCGUGCACUCAUAUUGGUGUACAAUUGGUGGUGAACAUGCACGUCAGUGUCAGCUGUGGAGGGUGUGUACCUCUAACCAUAACCACAGAAAACACACACACUUUAAAUACCCGUGUGCCUCACACACGGCUUGUUCCUCUGGCUCUGUUUCUCCAAUGACACCAUCAUGGGAUGCUCGUGGCUGCUGAUUUUGGGCCUCGUCCUAAAUGUUGCUCAUUGCUUGGAAAUUCUGGAUACCGGCGCAGAGCAGAUUGAGAUCCAGAGCAACAUCACUGCAGUGCUGGGAGAGGAUGCGUACCUGAGCUGCAGGUAUCUGGGCGACAGUCAGAUCGUGCACAGUGAGUGGAAACGUCGGGUUAAAAGCAAAGCCAAGCGGCUGGUGGGAUUUUCCAAUGGAAAACCAUUCAGCCGCGACAGUGACUUCUCAGAACCGGACUCUGUCACCAACCUCACAGUUCGGGUGAGGGUGCGCAGUGUGGACGUAGAGGGGCAAUACAGCUGUGAGUUUGAGUCAGAGGAGGAGAAUUAUUUCAAGAGUGUGUUCGUCACUGUCAUAGCUCGGCCAGAUAUAGAGAUCCUGGUGAAUGAGGAGACAGUUAAUGGUACUCACUACCAGUCGGUGUCGUGCUCUGCUGUCGGUGGAAGGCCCCCGCCCCAGAUCAGCUGGCUGGUCAAAGGCCUUCCCCCCUCAGGUCAGAUCUUCACCACAAACCUGAGCGCCACUUUCAUCUCAAAUGGCACCUCGACUCUGAGCAGCGUCCUCCGCUUCCCCACCCACCUGCAAGACGACGAGAGCGUAACCUGCGUGGUCCAACACCCGGCCCUCCCAAAACCCGAGCUCACCACAGCGAGGGUGGAGACCUACACCAGGCCAAAUGUGACCAUUAAAAAAGAGAUGGUACAACGAGAAGGAAAAGAUUUCUGGGUGGUCUCUUGCAUUUCGUCUGGAGGGAGACCUGACGCUGACAUCUCUUUGUCUUUGAACGCGAAUCGGGAGCUGCAGAGAGAGAACCACACGGACUCAGGCACACAGAGAGUGUCGGUGCAUCUCCCUCUUACAGAGUAUGAGGGUCACAACAUCACCUGUGAGUUUGACCACCCAAAAUUCACACAGAAGGAGUCACAGGUCAUAACGCUGCCGAUUUUUUAUUUGACUGGAGAUCAGACGCAUUCAGAUCUGGGAAACAAAAUCAACGACUUUCAUGCCACUGAAUUUUUGGAGCUGCAGGAAGGGCUGGGCAACGCCGUCAUCCGCCUACAGGUCACAGGGAAUGUGCCACGUUACGAUCUUAACUGCACAAAAGAUGAUGGUCCCUUGCCUGAAGGUGUGGAUCUGGCUGGCAGAAGCCUCACAGUUCAGGGUCCUGUGGAGCAUCAGCACGCUGGUCUGUAUGAAUGCGUCUUCUCUUACGAGCACCUGAAAGCGACGCUGCAGUUCAACGUCACAGUUAAACCUCAAGUCAUAGCGCUUGUUCCUCCCACAAUACGAGUUGAUUUGCGGACUGAAGAUGGACUCAGGGUGAUUGAGUGCUCAGCUGCUGAUGCUGUUCCUGCAGCCAACGUGUCCUGGCUUCCACCGGAGGGUGUGUCUGAAGACUUUUGGUUUAAUUCCACUUCUCAUAAUGGAAGCCACUCUGUCAGGGGAGUCCUACUCCUCCCUGCCUGCUCGCCUCGGGAGCUCACUGCAAAGUGUGUGAUAAAUCACCCAACAUUUGAGGAACCAGAGAACAGAAGCAUAACACUCCCUCUUUGCGCUCGCCCCAACACCACCGUGAUCGCCAGAACCGAGUGGAAAGACGGUCUCAAGUACACAAAGGUGAUAUGCUCUGCAGACAGCGAUGGUCCUGCAGCAGCUGUGACCUGGCACUUUGGAAACAAUAGCAUCAGUUCUUUAACGGAGACUGAGGUCCAGGCCAAUGGUUUGGUAUUGGCCCGUAGCUCUGUGUACUUCCUGUCCUCUCUGUAUGCCGGUCAGGAUUUAACAUGCAUGGUGACACAUCCGAGCUUGGAGGCACCGGAAAAAAGAACAAUACACAUCCCCGUGCACAAGCCUCCUCUGCUGAGCGUCUCUCUGGGGCGACACCAAGACUCUCCCCUCUGGCUGGCGGUGUGUCACUGCAGAGGGGAGGGAGCGGUGACUAACCUUGCCUGGGUCCUUCCUGAAAAUGCUAAAAGUCAGAUGUCCCUGCAGUCAGAGUAUGAAGGACACACGCUGACUGCCAGGCUGACUUAUAAGUUUCCUCCGGCCCUUCAUGAGGGACAGGACCUGACCUGUGCGUACCAGUUUGAAAAGGGAAUCACAGUGAACAAGACUCUUCACAUCCCCAGAUACUAUAUCACCUCCGUGAGAGUCCUCAACCAUACGGCUCCUUUGCAAAGUCACUACAGCGAUCAGCCUGUUAUAUACAGAGUGUCUGUCCAGGAGAGUCAUUGCAACCAGAAAAUACUACUCCAAGUUGACGGCAAUGUGCCAGAGUACAACCUCAGCUGUCAAAGGAGUGACGGCUCAUUUGCCCUCAUGGACGGGAAUGCUAUGAUCCUCCAGUCUGAGCUCACAAACCAGGUCAAAGGUUUCUACACCUGCUGGGCGUCUUUCUACCACCACAAUGCUGCAGUCAACAUUCAAGUGGAGGUCAUGAACAAAGACGAACACCUCAUGCUGAUUUCCCUGAUAUGCAUCUCCUCAGCCUCAGCCAUCUUCCUCAUCUUCAUCGUCACCCUCUGCGUGUGCUGCAAAAGAAACAGCAGGAAACCACAGAAGUCCCAGGAGCUGGAGUCUCUCUCGGCCUUGACGGCUCUGAUGCAGGAGCCCGGCUCUCCUGAGGUGAAGAAGCCAGAGGUGAAAGAAGAGGAAAGCAAGGAAUACGCUGCCCUGGUCAGCUUCUCCAUAGUCUUUGACAUCAAGAGCACAGUGUGAAGUUGCUUCGCAGGGCUUCGUUCGCCAUUCAGCUUAAAUCCCGCACAGAUAUGAAGGCUCCACUUGAAAAUGCAGCACUGUUUUUUAUUAUUUUUUUAUGUAGCAUUUAAACUGAAUCAUGAAAGCUUUAGAACAGAUUGGCAUUAAUGACUUUCAGAGCAGAAUUUUUGCACUUUUUUUAUGCCCUUACUUGAAAUUUUACACAUAUUUUCUUUUCAAGGACUUUUAUGUUUUGUAUUUCUCAAUAAAAUCAUUCAAAUAAUAUUCCUCCAUUUGCA